GAACAGAGACCUUCGAUGAUCGAUCGGCUCAGAAUUGUUUCUCGCUACCACCGCUAGGGGAUUUUUUUCGGCUUCUGGUUGGUCAAGAGAGCAUGCCAAGCCCUCUUUCCGAGUCUGCCGCACGCCCUGGCUCUGCCCGCGCCUCCCAUUGACCGAACUCUCUACAUAUACGGCUCUGGCAGAGCCCAGCAGAGCUCGUGGGAUGGAACCGCUGGAAGGCUGAAAUGCGUCGGUGGUGGUGUGUUUGAUAUGGUAGCGGUGUGGUAGUUGGUGUAGUUUUGUUUUGGUACGUGGGAUGUAAUGCUCGGUGUAUCUCUGUGUACUCGCUUAAUCGCUUAAUUUCAGCAGAGGGAACAUUAUGGACAUAUUAAACUGCGAAUUGCUUUGGAUUGACGGUCGCUGCUACCGCAAACUGUCGUCCACGGCUAGCAUAGCGCGCUCCGAAAGUAACGUCCAGCCAGAGAGAAAACCUUGCGGGUACGAAGAUGAGCCCGGAUGCGUGCUGCCGAAGGCCGCUGCGUUGCGCUCCGGCAGCAAUGAGAGCAUCUCCGGUCAGGCGAAAGGUUUCUUCCGGAUCAGUCUUCACGUGCCGCAGAAGUUUCUGCCGGUCAUCUGCGGGGCGAAGCACGCCACACGAAUGAAGAUGGAGCAGGAAACCAGCACUGCAAUCAGGAUCCCUCCGGCCGACUCGACCGACGACAUCGAGAUCACCGGCACGACGGAGGGGAGCAUAGAGUCCGCCUGCCUGCGCAUCCGCAGCAUCAUGUCACGCUUGAGGCAGCGGGAGUGCUUCACCCACUUCAUCUGUCUUCCGUUCAACAUGCAGCCGCUGGCCAACUAUGUCGAAGAGUUCAAGGAGACCGUCCUCAAGACCUGCUCCGGCAGGGGCUUGGAGGCCUCGCUGUUCCAGUCGCGGCAGAAGCUGCACCUGACUGUUGGCAUGCUGGUCUUGCUUGACAACAAGGAGUGCAGCGAGGCCAAGAAGGUCCUCGACAGCUGCGGAGACAUUGUCAGGGAAAUUUUAGGUGGCCAGUCGCUGUACGUGCGCGUGAGCGGACUCGAGUUCAUGAACGACGAUGCCACUGAGGUGGACGUACUGUAUGCCAAGGUGACCACCUUCGACAGCAAUAGCCGGCCUAACGACAAGCUGCAGCAACUGGUGGAUCAGGUGGCCCGGCGCUUUGCGCAGUCGGGGCUGAUGCUGGAGCAGCCGCACAACGUCAAGCUGCACAUCACCCUCAUGAACACCAAGUUCCGAGAGGUGCGCUUCGCCACCGAGAAUACGGCAGAGCCGCCCGCCCGCACCCCUCGCGUCUCCUUCGAUGCCAGCAACAUCCUCAAGCGCAAUCGGGACUUCCACUUCGGCAAGGUGACCGUACCGUCCAUCAACAUUGUGGUUCCGCACACUUGCAACAAGGAGGGAUUCUACGAGAGUCUGGCCACUCUACCCCUGCCGAAGCACAACUACAACAACAAUGCCAGCAACGACGGCAACGUGAACUGAACAGCAACUAUGCCACCGUCGUGAUAUUGUGAUAAGAGAGCCGACGGCUCGUCGGCGAGCUGUACGGACUUGUACUGUUUUCAGGAUACUUUUGUUUGUUUGCAUAAAAAAAAAAGAAU